AUGGAUGAUAUGGAACUUCAAGAUAAUGAAUUUAUUAAUGACAUUAUUUCAGAUUCACUAAUAAAAUUGAUCGAUCGUCGAUUUAUUUCUGCUCAAAUUUAUAUCAAAUAUGAAAUCGAUGAGUAUUUUAUCAAACAACAGUAUAAGAAUGACGAAUCUGAACAUAUAGUUGAUUACAGAAAUAACUUGAAAAAAUUUCCCUUUGACAAACAAAAUAUUUCAAUCAACUUGUCUGUUAAAUUAGGCGACACAAUAAAAGAUAUCAAACGAUUAAUUGAAGAAAAAGAAAGCAUUUGUAUUGAACACCAAACUUUAUUAUUUUAUAAGGACGAAAGCGAGUUAUCAAAUGUGUGUUAUGAUAGUCAAUCAUUGAUCGACUGCUAUAUUACCGAUCAAGCUACUCUUAUACUUAGACUUGCAGAUUUUGCUGUAAUUUUCAUAGGAACUAGCGCAAAUCAAAAGGGUCUAAUUUGGAUUGAAAUGGUUGAUAAAGAAGAUCAUUGUGUAUCCAAUAUAAAAAUGAAACUUGCUAAACGAUAUGAUAUUGCCGAUAUUUAUGGCCAAUCGCUAUAUAAAUCGAACUACAACAUGUUAAACGAAAAAUACGACGACACCAAAUUAUUUGAUACGUCUCUCGUUAAGCACUUUGACAAUCUCAUUUUGAAACCUAAUCCAAUAGCAGAUUCGACUAGUUCUAAACCCAGUACAGCCUCUUCAUGCUGUUCAUUAUUAACGCUUCAACUCAUUUUGUCUCAAUCUACCAAUCUCGCAAAUAAUAUCCAACGUGCGCUUUACAAAGAAAAUCCGUUUUUGAGAAAUAUGAAUCACAGUCCUUUCAAUGCACCAGAGACUUUGCUUCAUAAAUAA